CUGGGUGGGACCUCCUAUAGUUUAAGGAAGGUUCACAUAAUUCCACCGAGGUCACCAGGAGGGAUCAGCCAAUCUAUUAUACUUGUGAGGAAACAUUCCUUCACUGCAGGUGGCAGUAAAUCACCAACCUUGGCUUUAUACCUGUUCAAACAACACACUCUCUAGGCGGCAGUGUGCACCCUUUGAGUUUGUUUUCCAACUGAAAUAUGUAGUGGAAGAAAAUGUACUACUUUACAAUGGAGAUGGACUCAAUUGCGCUACCUUUGCGCUCAUAGACGCCAUAGUUGGACAGAUAUAAUAAUGCGAUGUCUAUCUAAAUCUAUGGGUACCACAUACACGCCUCUAUCUUUUCUCAUCUGCAGCCCAACCCACCACUUCACCGAGAACUUGCUUUUUUCGCUACUUUGUUGAGCGGUUUUGAAUGAGGACCAAAUUGCAUUGUGUAAUAUCAAUUAAGGAAUAAAAGACCGACGCUUCUGGAAAAGUCACCGCAGCACCCGAGCAAAAAUCUUUCGAAAACCGGUCUUACACCAUCUCUGGCCUUUAUAUUAACUACUACGCUACUGUGUUAAAAUGACAGCAAAGCACAGAGGGAAAAAGAACAAACACAAUCACGAAGACUUUAACAAUUUUAAUCAUGAAUCUUCGGAACCGGAGGCGCGAGGUGGAAACCAGUAUACGCUUUUGUUCAUUUUAUUCCUUCUGAUUGUGGUCGGGGGUGCAACGGCUGCAUGGUUCUGUUUCCAGCAACACCAAAGUAUAACCUACUUAGCAGACAACCUCAUGGGCAUGCAGAUGAAGAUGGUGAAGCUUCAGUCCUUUCAGGAAGAAAUUCUACAGACAAAUGAAAAGCUGCUCAGUACCGACGGCUUUGAGCAUCGCCUCAACACCCUGGAAGAGUCAUACGAACUGGCCCAGAAGCAGGUAGGCAUGGCCCUGGCCAUAGCUGAACAACUGAAGACCUCAGACCUGCCCACCCAGGUCCUUUCCCUACACACAGAGAUGAAAGCCCGGCUGGCAGAGAUGCAGCAGGCCACCGUGUCCGCGGAUCAGCUGACUCAGCUGCAGGCCAUGCUGAAGGGGAAGAGCGAGGAGUUUGAGGCUGUCCGGCUGCAGGUCGAGGGCCUGGCAAGGGUGAGCACGAAGAUGGCCCAGAGCGUCGAGGGCCUGACAGGGAGCCUGGCGGAGGCUGAGUCCAAGCUGGAGGAGAGGGAAGGGCUGGUGGGCACACUGAGCGCCACGUUGGAGGGCCAGACAUCAGAGCUCCUAGGGCUUAAGGAACAGCUGGCUGCCAACCAGGCUCAACUUGAGGCCAGUACAGUGGAGAUCGCAAGUGUCAAGGAGCUGAUGGAGACGGGGCAGUCUCAGAGGGCCCAGCAGGCCAGUGUGGAGGAGCAGCUGGUUACAGUAGAACAGAGUCCGCAGGAGCAGAACUCAGCGGCCCACAGUCUGCACUCUGAGCUCCGCGCUCAGCUGGAGGCUGUGCAGAAACAGGUCGCACAGUCGGAUGUACAGGUACAUCAGGACCGGUCACAGCUGGAAGGAGGGGUUCAAACAGAUAAGCCCUCAGAGGAGGUGGAGGAGGAGACUGCUCUGGCUGCUGCUGAGGAGGUGGAAGAGGCUGCUGAUGCUGUUGCUGAGGAGGUGGAAGAGUCUACUCCUGCGGAAGAGGAGCAGGCUGCUGAGGAGGAGGAGGUGGUGAAGGAGGCAGCUCACUUGGAUGGGGAGCCUGCUGAACAGGAGGACUCUGCUCUCACAGAGGAACAGACUGCUCCUGCAGAGGAGGAGAUGGUUGAGGAGCAGGAGGACUUGGCAGAGGCAGCACCGGAAGAGUGGUUGGCAGAAGAGAAUGUAGAAGAGGAGGAUUCUGAAGCAGAGGAGGAGCAAGGGGAGGAAGAAGAGGAAAAACCAGAAGAAGAUGAGGCCUCUACUGAGGAGGAAUUGUGAAUGUAAGCAGCAAGGAAAGUCUUCUACAGCCACCAAACUCCCAGAGGAUAAUGGACACGUUCAGUCUGCAUCAUGACAAAUGGGAACGCAUUGCCAAUGUUGAGGUGCAAUAAACAUGAACUUUUUCUCCCCAGGGGGAAAAAUCAGGUCAAUAGGAUUCACACAAUUCUCUAGAAUCAGUAUUGUUACAUCAAUGAACAUGUGUAUGAGAGGGCUAACUGGUCAGGUGAUGGUUAAUAGUAUUCAGGACUCACCUGCCAAUACCAACCUCAAAGCCUUAAUCUAUUUUAACACAGCUCUUUCUAUAGAUUAUUUUACGUACACCAAAAUGUCAAUUUUUCUGCAAGCUCAGUUGAAACAAAGUGACAAGGAGGACUAACUAAACAGCCAAUAGAAAAACACUAAUUCACUCACACAAUCAAACAAAGCCAUAAAAUAUGCCCAUCUUGUUGAUAUGAAAUUGGCUUUCUUUUUGUCAUUGUCUGAAAUGUCUUGUUGGGAUUUUCAUUAGAAUAAGAUAUACAGAACAAGAGUCCUAUUUGUUUACACAGGAAUUAACAGCCUACUAAAGGAAUAGCAUGGGGGUAGCAAGGGCCAUAUCUGUGAAAUGCUAACAUUUACGUACAGUUUUACUGAAGAUUGUUAGUCUAGUUGUUUUUAUUGACUUUUUUCUUUAGACUUUUUGUCACACAAAGUGCGCUGUUACUGCCCAGGCAUUGGGUUCUUCUCUCACAACGUACCGUUCAUCUCAGAUCUCUGUGAUGUAUCUUUUAUAAAAUAAACCCUGGGCUAUCCUCUGUAAUUUUUUACACCAAG